AUGGCGAAUGCAAAACAGGGAAAUGGAACAUCUGUCAAGGAAUUCAUCCUCCUGGGGUUCGGGGAUCUCCCAGAACAGCAGAUCCUUCUCUUCCUGCUGUUUCUAGUGAUCUGCAUUGCGACCAUGGCUGGGAACAUCCUCAUCAUUGUGCUAGUUGUAGCUGAUCAGCACCUUCACACCCCCAUGUACUUCUUCCUGUGGAACUUGUCCUGCUUGGAGACCUGCUACACCUCCACCAUCCUACCCAAGGUGCUGGCCAGUCUCCUGACUGGGGACAGAACCAUGACAUUCAAUGGAUGUCUCACGCAAUUUUAUUUCUUUGGUUCUCUAGCAGGUACGGAAUGCCUUCUCCUGUCAGUGAUGUCUUACGAUCGGUAUUUAGCCAUAUGCAAUCCACUGCACUAUGCAGUCUGUAUGAGUGUCAAAUCUUGCCUGCAGCUCGCAGGUGGCUCUUGGAUAGGUGGAUUCCUAAGUGGUAGCAUAACAACGUUGUCCAUAUCUAAGUUAACGUUCUGUGGCCCCAAUGGUAUUGACCAUUUUUUUUGUGAUUUUAUCCCCCUUGUAAAACUCUCCUGCAAUGACCUUCAGGAGAUGGAAAUGGUGGCUGUUGCACUCACUUUGAUUUUCUCACUGGUUCCAUUCCUUCUUACCUUGAUGUCCUACAUCUGCAUCAUUGCCACCAUCCUGAGAAUCCCGUCCACCACUGGGAGGCAAAAGGCCUUUUCCACCUGCUCCUCCCACCUCAUUGUGGUGAGCAUUUUUUAUGGAACUCUGAUGACUGUCUAUAUGUUCCCUACCACUAACAUCCUGAGCGACUUCAAGAAAGUUCUGUCUGUCUUAUACACAGUCCUGACUCUGCUGGUCAAUCCCCUCAUCUACAGCCUGAGAAACAAAGAGGUCCAGGAGGCCCUGAGGAAAGCUUGCAGGAAAUUCAUAUUUGUACCAUUCUAA